AGGUCAUAUUGAAGCAUGAACAUGAAAAAGCAACUUGUAUUUGUGGUUCUUGCUAUCAUAGCCUUUGGGUUCGCAAUAACAUCUGAUGCUAACACGUAUAUAGUUGGGGACAACUCGGGUUGGCACAUUAGCACGAAUCUGGAUACGUGGGAGCAAGGGAAGAAGUUCGUCGUCGGUGAUGUCUUAGUUUUUCAGUACGCGUCCACAGAUAGUGUUUGUGAGGUAGGCCAAGAGAGUUUUCGAACAUGCAACACGACGAACGUCAUAAACUGUUUUAGUGAUGGGAACACGUCUAUUCCUCUUACGAGUCCCGGAGAAAGAUAUUUCUUUUGUGGUAAUAGGUUGUACUGCUAUUCAGGAAUGAAGCUCGAUGUGAUAGUGGAAAGAAACCAAUCGGAUACAACGGAGGCACCUCUUAGUAGUGUACCCGAGACAGAGAGUGGUGGAUCAAAGAACAAUAAUCCUUCAACCAUUGUACCUAGUGGAGUUGAGUCUAUUUAUGCAGGAUCAAAUUUAGUCUUGAUGGGACUUUUAGGGUUUUGGGGUGUUUUGAUCUCAAUCGUGUAAUUUGAUUAUUUAUGCACUUUGUAAUAUGUUAUAUUCGUUUGACAUGAUAUUGAAUUUAUUGUGAUUUUGACAUACUAA